GCCCCGCCGCCGCGCUCCUCCCUUCCGCCGGGAUAUGGCGCAGGAGCUGCGGGGCAUGGACGGCGACGUGGAGGACGGCGAGCUCUCGGGCUCCGACUCGGACAUGCCCGGCGCCGGCUCCCCUGGACAGAAGCUGCACGCUGGCAGUGAUUCCUGCAGGCCCUUCCAGAGCAGCCUGUCAUCCUGUGCUCCCAGUGUUCCUUACAGGACCACCAAGAGCCUGGACUCCAGCGAGGAGAGCUGCUCCGACUCCGACGACGACAGCUGCCUGUGGAAGAGAAAGAGGCAGAAAUGCUUCAACUUCUCCCCUGCCAAACCUGAGCCCUUCCAGCUCAGCCAGAGCCACCAAAAACAGACUGCUGUGCGCGGGAAGAAGGUCAACAACAUCUGGGGCGCCGUGCUCCAGGAGCAGAACCAGGAUGCGGUGGCGACUGAGCUUGGGAUUCUGGGCAUGGACGGUUCAAUUGACAGGAGCAGGCAGUCUGAGACUUACAACUACCUGCUGGCUAAAAAGCUGAUGAAGGAGGCCCAGCAGAAGGAGGCAGAGACUUUGGACAAGGAGCUGGAUGAAUACAUGCACGAUGACAAGAAGACAUGUCCAGCAGAGGAGGAGAACGGGCAGGGCUUCCUCAAACGGAAGCGGCCUGUGAAAGACAGACUGGGGGAAAGGCAGGAGAUGAAAUACAAGGGAAGGUAUGAGAUCACAGAGGAAGAUUCAGAGGAAAAAGUGGCAGAUGAAAUUGCUUAUCGACUUUGUGAGCCAAAGAAAGACUUAAUUGCUCGAGUAGUGAAAAUAAUUGGGAAGAGAAAAGCCAUCGAGCUGCUGAUGGAAACAGCUGAAGUAGAGCAGAAUGGUGGACUGUUCAUCGUGAAUGGCACCAGGAGAAGAACACCUGGGGGUGUUUAUUUAAACCUGCUGAAGAACACACCGAGCAUCAAAGAAGAAAAAAUCAAGGAAAUAUUCUAUCUGGAAAACCAGAAGGAGUAUGAAAACAAGAAAGCUGCCAAGAAGAGGAGGAUACAAGUUCUGGGGAAGAAGAUGAAGAAGGCCAUCAAGGGGCUUAACCUGCAGGAAUAUGAUGAUGCAUCUCGUGAGACUUUUGCCAGUGACACAAACGAGGCUCUGGCUUCCCUGGAGGACCUGCAGGAAGGGCACCACGAGGCAAAGAUGGAACCUGAGGAUACUAUUGAAAUUGAUAAUGCUCACGAUUUGGAGAUCUUUUAGUCACUAAAUAUUCUUGAUAGCAGAGUCUCUAUAAAAACAUGUUAAAUGAGCCUUUCUUGUAAUCCCGUGGCUUCUUGUUUUCAGAGCAUGGGGAAUACUUGAUGCUGAAGAACAGGAGGUAAUUCUUAGCUAAAUUUAACAGCAUGAAAGACUUUUAAUUGUCCUGUUACUUGUUUGCUGAGUCCUCAGAGACUGUUAAGAUUUUUCUAGAUAAGAGCCCUACGUCACCUUAGGAAGUGUUUUUAGUCACAUGUUAGUUUUAGGAGUUAAGGCUAUGUUUUAACCAAAUACUUCUCUUUUAAUUUGCUGAAGUACACAAAGUCAUCAGGUGAGCAAUGCUCUUUACUGCAGAUGAACAGAAAAAACAGAAUAAUUUUAGUCUUAAUAUAGAUGAUCAUAUAGUCUUAAUGUGGCAGUGUAUUGACAAAAACAGUAUUUAUAGGAUUAAGACCUGUAAAAACAGAUUGGUUUGUGAAAUAAUUUGAGUGGUCAGUGACCUUUGAAUAAUGACCUUGAGCAAUGUAUGCUUCAGAAUUCUGCAUUAUUUUUAAUCUUUUAUUCCAAUAGUGACUUGAGCUUCCAAUCUGUUCUGUCUAAACAUUUUCUGUUAUUAGACACACACCUAAGUUCCACAGAUCUCUUUGUUUGCAGACAAAUGUAACUGAAAGCCUUCAGAGUAGUGAGAUUUUACUGAGUUUUGUUCCCUCCAAGGGUCUGUAGAUUGUACAUGCAGAUAUAAACCUUUUACCUUGCAGUUCUUGUUUCUGUCCUCCUGUGUGCAGUGAGAUAAUGUGCAGCUUGCAGAAGAUCUGGAGUUUUUCUGUGCUGACUCUUGCAGGGGAUAUUUUUUUUUUAUUAUUAUUUACUUGAUGCCGGAGACUGUUGUGUAGUUUGUUAGUUCAGCUGAAAACAAUUUUUAUGUUGAGUAUUGUUUUUAAUAUAGCCGAAGAACAUGUGCAGCACUGAUAUCUAUGUCUAAAGUAUUUUGUCACUAAUAAGUUGUGGCUUUUUUUGUGAGUAGACACUAUUCAGCCCAAUUUUUGCCCAUAAAUUUUGUUCACUUUUGAGUCCUUGAGUUUUAGAAGGAAGGUGUGUCACUAAAACGCAUAAUCUGUUUAUAAGAUUGAACAAUUCAGUACUGCCAAGAGCUGGCAUUUGAAGGAUUGCAGCAUUUGAAGGAACAUUUCUUACACAUAACAGCACAUUCCAUUACCUGCCUUACUAAACCUGGGUUUUGACUUUUCUGCUUUUAUCUGUUCACACGUCAGAGCUCCUAAUUGUUAAAAAGUUAAUCAGAUGUGCAGCAUGCCUUUGCUGGUAGUAGUUGCUCGUGCUGAAGUAACAAAAAUUCUUAUUUUUUCAUUAAUUUUCCUAACCAGUGAUGGUCAGAGUAAACUGGUAACUCCUGUAUGGGAAACAGAAUUUUGUGCUGUUUAAUUGCUUUGGGACUGUACCAUUUCAUCCUGGUUUUGGGAACUGCUUGGGGAUAUGUCUUAACUCUUUUCUGGAUAGAAUCAGCAAAUUGUAACACUGGUUUAAGCAACUUUUUUAUCAUUAUGUAAUUUGCACUGUGUAUUUUUUUAAUGUUAAUAUUUCUAACGUUGAUUUCCCAGGCAAGGGGUACU